GGGGAACAGAAUGCAACCCGGGAUCUAGAGAGCUGUCACAUUCCAAGAAAUAUUUAAAUUGUGCUGAUUUUCUUCUGGAGAACUGAGCCCAGGGAAUGAAACUCUCCAUCAAGUCAUGGCUUUGCGGGCAAUAGAUCAGAGGAUAUUGCCAGUUUUCUAAUGGAUUAUUGUUAUCGGGCAGAUUUUCUCUGAAGGAACUGGAGAUCAGCCAGAUCACUUGUAUGCAAAAAGCUGCUGUGGAUCUGUCUUUCAACCAAGAGCGGCAGAAAACGCUAUAGCAAGGUUAAAGCUUUAUCCACUCUGACUCACCCAGAAAGCAGAGCACUGAUUCUGCGUGAGAAAGGCUAUCUCUACAGACACUAAAAUGGUAUCGACGGUUUCUGUACAGCACAGAUUAUGACAGCUUCUUUCUUAAGAAGAGAAUGUUUAAAUUUCAUCAAAUGAAACACGUUUUUGAAAUACUUGAUAAAAUGAGAUGCCUGCGAAAACGUUCUACAGUGUCGUUCUUGGGAGUUCUUGUCAUUUUUCUCCUAUUUAUGAACUUGUACAUUGAAGAUAGCUAUGUUCUGGAAGGAGACAAACAACUUAUAAGGGAAACAUCCACACAUCAACUGAAUUCAGAACGCUAUGUUCAUACUUUCAAGGAUUUAUCAAAUUUCUCAGGAGCCAUAAAUGUUACCUAUCGCUACUUAGCUGCCACACCUUUACAAAGAAAGCGUUAUCUUACAAUUGGACUUUCUUCAGUAAAGCGAAAAAAAGGAAAUUAUUUACUUGAGACAAUUAAGUCAAUUUUUGAGCAAUCCAGCUAUGAAGAGCUGAAGGAAAUUUCAGUGGUGGUUCACCUAGCAGACUUUAAUUCUUCCUGGCGUGAUGCCAUGGUCCAGGAUAUUACACAGAAAUUUGCACACCAUAUUAUUGCAGGAAGAUUAAUGGUUAUACAUGCUCCAGAGGAAUAUUACCCAAUCCUGGAUGGCCUUAAAAGAAAUUACAAUGAUCCAGAAGAUAGAGUCAAAUUUCGUUCCAAGCAAAAUGUAGAUUAUGCAUUUCUGCUAAAUUUUUGUGCCAAUACUUCAGACUAUUAUGUAAUGCUUGAAGACGAUGUUCGAUGUUCAAAAAACUUCUUAACUGCCAUCAAGAAAGUCAUUGCAUCCCUAGAAGGAACUUACUGGGUAACUCUUGAAUUCUCUAAGCUUGGCUACAUUGGUAAACUCUAUCAUUCUCAUGACCUCCCACGUUUGGCACAUUUUUUAUUAAUGUUUUAUCAAGAAAUGCCUUGUGAUUGGCUAUUGACUCAUUUCCGGGGCCUGUUGGCUCAGAAAAAUGUGAUACGUUUUAAACCCUCUCUCUUUCAGCACAUGGGCUAUUAUUCAUCAUACAAAGGGACGGAGAAUAAGCUGAAGGAUGAUGAUUUUGAAGAGGAGUCAUUUGACAUUCCUGAUAACCCCCCUGCAAGUCUGUACACCAAUAUGAAUGUGUUUGAAAAUUAUGAAGCAAGCAAGGCUUAUAGUAGUGUUGACGAGUACUUUUGGGGAAAACCACCUUCCACAGGAGAUGUCUUUGUGAUUGUAUUUGAAAAUCCAAUUAUAAUAAAAAAAAUUAAAGUAAAUACUGGAACAGAAGAUCGGCAAAAUGAUAUUUUGCAUCACGGAGCCCUAGAUGUUGGGGAAAAUAUUUUGCCUAGCAAACAAAGGAGACAGUGUUCUACCUACUUAAGACUAGGAGAAUUCAAAAAUGGAAACUUUGAAAUGUCAGGUGUGAAUCAAAAAAUUCCGUUUGAUAUACAUUGUAUGAGGAUAUAUGUCACCAAAACACAAAAGGAAUGGCUAAUUAUUAGGAGUAUCAGCAUUUGGACUUCUUAGCCAAUUAAAUCAGUAGAUUCAGUUUCUGAA